AUGUCAGCUCCAUACACCCCCAAAGCAAUCCACUACGAAGAAGGUCUCGAGGACCAAGAAUUCCAAUCAGAGAAAGACGACAACGAUGAUAACUCCAAAACAGACGAAGAAGAAUUAUUUCUCCAGCGGCCAAAUUUUCCCUCCCACCAAAAACAACACAGCAACAAGCAAAAAGUCUACUUGAUAACUGCAUUCGCUAUCCUCAUUUGCAUUGUAUCCAUUACAUUCGGAACAUACUCCACCGUGCGUUUUCAAGCCUUGAAACAUAAAUGCCACGGCGCGGAUUCCCAGCACAAAUCACUGUCAGGUAUAGAACAGCACUCUCAUUCAAACCAUGGAAACCACGAGCACGAACACAAGCACGAACAUGAGCACGAGCAUCAAGACUCCCCCACCCUAUCUACCCACCCAAGCACCCCCAACCCCACAAACCCCUCCAUCGACUGCGGCACCACCGAAAGCACCGCCAAAGCCGCAAACUGCACUUUCAACCUAAUGUCCUUCUCCUACGUUCCCCCCUUCUGCACAGACACCACACUCCUCCCUCAAUUCACCAAUUCCCACGCUACGCUCCCCCCGGACUCAGCCGGUACAUUCCCCUGGUACCGAUGGUCCAACCGCACCGAUCCCAUACCGCAAGAUGCCAACGAACUUAGUAAAUACCCAUUUAUCUGGACGACGCACGAGUGGCACAUCGCGCACUGUUUGUAUAAUUGGGCGUUGACUAGUGAGGCGGUGGGGAGGGUUCUGGCGGGUGAAAAGAAUGUGUGGGUUUUGGGGGAUGCGGUCGAGGGGGCGCAUAUUGCGCAUUGUAAUGGGUUGGUUUCUGAUAGGGUUACUAGUGGGUUGACGCCGUUGAGGGCGUUUAGGGCGAUUGGGAGGUGUGUUAGGUUAGAUGUUGAGGGGGGUGAGGGUGUUGCUUUGGAGGGGGAUUCUUUUGCGAGUUCUCGGGGCCAUGUCCAUGGGGAUUGA